AUGGAAGUGGAUAUUAAAAUAAAGAAAGAGUUGGUUUUUGAGGAUGAAAAGUUUUAUUUAGAAAGUUUCUCAAAUCAAAAUCUUCAGCAUAAUGAAAUGCCCAUGGAUAUAAAAGAGGAAAUGCAGGAUGAAUAUGAUAAUGAAAUAAUAUCAAUGUAUCCGCAAUCAGAUCCAUAUCAAGCUUUAAUUAACUUGUCUGAGGAUUCAAUAAGCAGUAAUUCAAUUUUACAUCAGUUACUUCAAGAGUGUGAAAUAUGUCAGAAGAAAUUAAAACGGAAAUCAUUGUAUUCACAUAUGAAGCAAGUACAUGGAGCUUUGCAGGAGCUGUUUAAAUGCAGUUUGUGUUCUAAAACAUUCAAGUCAAGUAUUUACCUAAAACAUCAUGAAAAUACACAUAGUGCAAAAAUUGAUAAAGUUAAUACUAAAAUUGUCCAUUAUGAGUUUUACAGGUAA